GUCUGUCCUUCUUCAUGCAGAGCAGAAAUAAUGAUCAUGUGUUGAUCACAGACACUGCACAUUUCAGAAAGCCAAAGAGUUGUCCUGUCCUGCCAAAUACAUGUUCACUCCCAGGAGACUGGUUACUGUGAUCCUGCGUCACUGCUCGUGGCACACCUGCUACCGAACACAUUCUGGGGUAGCUUCAAAGCUCAGCGUGCACGAGGCAUUGACUCAACUUGAUGGAAGCACAAGAAGUAUUAAAAUCCAGGGAUGGGUACGGUCGGUGCGUGCGCAGAAGGACGUUUUGUUCAUGCAUGUUAAUGAUGGCUCUUGUCUUGAAAGCCUCCAGAUUGUUGCUGAACCAAAUCUAAAAAAUAAUGCCAUUAGUUUUGGAAGCUCGGUGGAAGUUCGUGGUCAUAUAGUGAAAAGUCUGCACAAAAAACAGAACGUGGAGCUGAAAGCAGAAGAUAUUAAAGUUAUCGGACAGUGUUAUUCUAUAGAUUUCCCCUUUAAGUUGAAAGAACGACAUGCGCCACAAUAUGUCAGGCAGUUCCCGCACUUACGCUGCAGAACAAACACAUUCAGCUCGUUACUUCGAAUACGCAGUGAAGCUACAACAGCAAUCCAAGACUUUUUCAAGAGUAAUGGAUACGUGCACAUCCACACCCCUAUAAUUACCUCCAAUGACUGUGAGGGAGCGGGAGAACUCUUUCAGGUAGAGGCUGCAAAUCGAGAAGCUGAGACUGAGGAUGAUAGUGGCUUCUUUGCAGUGCCAGCAUUCCUGACUGUCUCCGGACAGCUCCAUCUGGAAGUCAUGUCAGGAGGGUUCACGCAUGUGUACACCUUUGGCCCUACAUUUAGAGCAGAAAACUCGCAGAGCCGCCGUCAUCUUGCAGAGUUUUAUAUGGUAGAAGCUGAGAUUUCCUUUACGCAGAGCCUAGAAGAUAUCAUGCAGGUUAUGGAGAACCUGUUCAAGAAGACAACCACAGCGUUGCUUUCACAGUGUCCGGAGGACAUAGACUUCUUCAAUAAACAUGUUUCACCUGGACAAAAGGAUAGGUUGGAGCAGUUUCUAAAGAAAACAUUUAUCAUUAUGUCUUACACAGAAGCUAUAGAGGUUUUAAAGAAUGCUGGGGAAACAUUCCAGUACAAAUGUGAGUGGGGGUGUGAUUUGCAAACGGAACAUGAAAAGUAUUUGGUAAAACAUUGUGGAAAUGUACCUGUGUUCGUUAUUAAUUAUCCAUUUGAUCUGAAACCCUUCUACACCCGUGACAAUGAAGAUGGACCACAGCAUACAGCUGCUGCGGUGGAUCUCCUUGUACCAGGAAUAGGAGAGCUGUUUGGGGGAAGCCUAAGAGAAGAGCGUUUCCAUAUUUUAAAGUCACGGCUGGAUAGACUAGGACUGACAGACACGUAUCAAUGGUAUUUAGACUUGCGCAAGUUUGGAACUGUCCCUCACGGAGGCUUCGGAAUGGGCUUUGAACGCUACCUACAGUGCAUCUUGGGAAUCGAAAACAUCAAAGAUGUCAUACCGUUUCCUAGAUUUCCUUACUCGUGCCUCUUGUAAUAUUAUAUGUUCUCGAAAGUAUGAGUCACGUGGUCAGAGAAAGUUUGUGAAAACUGAAUGUGCUUUUUUAUACUAAAUAUAUGAAUAAACAAUACGCACUGACCAAA